CUCCCCGGCGGAGCCACGUCCGCUACGGCACGGGGCGGGGCGGACCCGGAUGGAGGCGGCCGCCAUUUAGAACGCCCGCAGCGCCAGGCGCGGGGCUGCCGGCCUGCCAGCCGCCAUGAGGAACGCGCCGCGGCUGCUGCUGCUCGUCCUGCUCGUCUUUCCCGCCGCCCUGGUGCUCCGGGGUAGCGGCACAGGUUCAGGUUUAUUAGUUGCAGCUCAAGAUGCUACAGAAGAUGAGGAAGCUGUGGAAGAUACUGUAGUUGAAGAUGAAGAUGAUGAAGCUGAAGUUGAAGAAGAUGAGCCUACAGACUUGACAGAAGAAAAAGAGGAAGAAGACUUGUCAGGAGAACCCAAAGCCUCACCUAGCGCUGAUACAACAAUAUUAUUUGUCAAAGGUGAAGAUUUUCCAGCAAACAACAUUGUAAAAUUCCUGGUAGGCUUCACCAAUAAGGGUACAGAAGACUUCAUUGUUGAGUCUCUCGAUGCUUCGUUCCGGUACCCCCAGGAUUACCAGUUCUAUAUCCAGAACUUCACAGCUCUCCCCCUGAAUACAGUAGUUCCGCCGCAGAGACAAGCUACAUUUGAGUACUCUUUCAUCCCUGCUGAACCUAUGGGUGGCCGUCCCUUUGGAUUAGUUAUCAAUCUCAACUACAGAGAUGCAAGUGGUAAUAUGUUUCAAGAUGCUGUCUUCAAUCAGACGGUUACGAUUAUUGAAAAAGAAGAUGGACUGGAUGGAGAAACGAUCUUCAUGUACAUGUUCCUUGCUGGACUUGGUCUACUUGUUAUUGUUGGCCUACAUCAGUUACUAGAAUCUAGGAAGAGAAAAAGACCGGUACAGAAAGUUGAGAUGGGAACAUCAAAUCAGAAUGAUGUUGACAUGAGCUGGAUUCCCCAGGAAACUUUAAAUCAAAUAAAUAAAGCUUCACCAAGGAGGUUGCCCCGCAAGAGGGCACAGAAGAGAUCAGUGGGCUCUGAUGAGUAAAUGUUAACUAGUGCAACAGUUGAACCUUUACUAAUCCUGCCUGUUGGGUUUUUUGGAUUGGAGGAGUGCAGAGUCCGUAUCGGCAUAAGGAAAAUACUGCUAAACAUUUGGACUGAACAGUUUAACUGAAUGGUGUUAAUAUUACUGAAAAUGCACUUCUCUUUAUUUGUUAAAUAAUUGUUGGGGGGAGCCAUUAAGAUUUGUGCCUGCGUGUGUAAGCAGUUGGUCUUAACAGAACCGUGUUACCUGAAAUGUGCCUUUAGAGUUCUUUUAAAUGCUGGCUUGUCAUCUGUAUACUUGGAAGGAUUUUUUCCCCUCCCCAUAAUCUGAAUGUCUGGUGACUUAAUUAGUCUUGAUUGUAUUCUGUCUGUUUCAGAAUCUGUAUACGUUUUUCUUCUCAGUAACUUUGUUCUCUAUUGCACACACAAACUCAAGUUUGUGUGUCCAGUCCUGUUCCAGGCACUCGUCAUCUGGAUUUCUGCAUAGUUAGUAUUCUAAAGGCACAAUUGGGUAUAGCUGCUUGUAGUGGUAGAUAUUUUGCUGCUGUUUUGACCUGGGCAUGCAGUGACCUAAAAAUCUGAACUUUGCUGCAUAGAUGUUAGGACAACUCUUACACAGCAGCAGAACUUGUGAAGCAUGGAAUUUGUGUGCUGAAUUGGUAUUACUACAUAAAUUUUUUUUAUACCCAACUUGUUAAUCGGUUAUUGAGUCAUUCCAACAGUUUAGGUGUUCUCAGUAUAGUGAUACCUCUGCAGUGUUUACCCAAGAAACUUUGAAUUAGCCAGAACAAGUUUCCAGUACGUUCUUGGUACUCUCGCAAAGAUUCGAAUGCUGCCUGUAUCAAAACACAUGGAAUUUUCUUCAAGCUUUCUGUGGGGAGAGGACUUUGGAUGUAUUCCGUGCACUUGAAACUGAAUAUGAAGAGCUCUUGGCUUCAAGUAAUCUUUUAAAAUGACAUAUUGUUUAAUUCAACCUUUACAGUUUUUAAACCUCUAACCUACGAGUUGUCAGUAGAUUGGUUCAAGUUAAGCUUUUAUCAUUGUGGCUUUCCCAUUAGAAACCAAGAAGUAUUUCCAUUAACUACAUGUUACUUCAGUACUUCAACAGAAAAGUUGUAUGUAGUCAAAAUGGGAUUUUUCUGUGGUAGGUGCAACUUACACAGUUAGCGGGAACGUAGGUGUUGAUCUGCACCCAUUGCAUUCAGGACUUGUAACCUUGAGGGGGGGGAAGAAAGCAGAUCAAGCACAGUCAGUUUGCUAGUUGAGAAGGCUGGAAUUGUUUCCAUCUCAUCUGCAGUUCUUUGUGUCUGAAGGUUAUCUGGGAGCUUGUUCCUUUCAGGAAAAGGUACUGACUUGAGGGUCAGGAAGGGGAAGAAAUCACACGUGCAGAAGUACUUUUGGAUCUGUACUUGUUCUGCAGGGGCUGAGCUUCUAAGCCAACAAGAGCCAAGCAGUACUUAGAAAUCAUGUAAUAUGUUGGAGGCAUCUAAGCUCUGAAGCCACCUGUACUGAUGUAUUGACACUGUCUUACUACACAGAAUACCAGAAUGAAUUGCAGAGAUGUUCUUGACUCACCUCUGCAUGGGAAAUAGAACGGGAAGAACAACUCCCAGUCAUGCUUUCAUCAACUUCAUGGUAUGCCAGUCCAAGCAGAAUUGUUUUAAUAGGAAGAUUGCUGAAUGAUCCUGUAGAUCAUUUGGCAAACGGAGUAACUUUGUAACAGCUGACUACUCAAACUGUGUGCAACAACUUUGCCUGUAGUGAUGCCUCUGUGGUAGGUCUACCAGACUGUAUUCAGUCUUGCAUUGGUUCAGCAAAAUGUUCAGGUAAUAAAUGGUUUGUAUGGUGAAAUCCCUAGUUGUUGUAGGGGCUGUUAUACUCAGUUUUACCUCUUGUUCCUUUUUGUGGAUUAUGCAUCUCAGCUGAAAUCAAGGUGGGUUUUCUGGUUCUUCCUCCACCUUCUGGGAAUAGGUAACCUUUAACUGCCUUCAACUUUUCACAAGAUUUCAAGAUCAGAAGCUCCUUGAAAAUAACUUGAUAAAAGCUGCUCUAGAUAAAGUGGGACUCCAAGAGAAAGAGCAAAGGGUUGGAAGACAGGACAGCAACUUCUGAUAUCCUGGUUCUGUUUCAUCAGUAAGGGCUAAACUCUCUGAGGGAGUCGUGGAGCAGGUUAGUCCUUCAAAAUCUUGCACUGACCAGAACUUAAGUUGAAAUACGACUGCAGCACUGUGCAAAUAAAUGGCCCAGCGCUUAGAUUAGAAAGAAGAAUUUUAAGGUUUCAGCUUUCCUCUCUGCACUUGGUAGUUAACAUCCAAACACUUAAGUUCUGAGCAUGAAAGAGAAAGCAGUUUAGCAUCUUGCAUAGGAGCUAGCAGUUGGGAAGUGAAAUUGUAACAAGACUGUCUGAUCAUAGGACUUAGCAUUGACCUUGGAUGGUUGGUAGUAACUUUUCUAUCUGGAAGCUGUUAGUUCAUAUGAACAGUGGCUAGCGAUCUGAUAUUGUUCAUGAUAAAUGAAGCAGCAGUUAAAGCUCUGUUUGCUUGCUGUAACUGAAGCUUAGCAGUGUCAUUGUAGAGCGGUGGCAACUGAACUUUGCCAUCUCUUGGAUCUUUCUAGUAAGUCAGUCUACUACUCUCAGCUUUUACAAGUGAGAGAAAAUGUUUGUUGCAUUGUGGUUGGUAGCAUAGCAAUUUUCAUUUAGAUACUUGAUUUUUCUGCUCAAUUUUGAAACAUAAUAUCUUAACCACAGGUAUUAAUACAGUUACAUAAUAAUACCAGUACAUAGCUGAGUAGGGCAUAGUUUCAUUCACUCCACCAUGGAGUCAGUAGCAAUUUUGCUUGUGUCUGUACUGCCCCUUCACUUGUGGUGGCACAAGUACUUGUAUAACCCAACAUGCUCUCUCAGCAGCUGAGUUCCUUGCCAGGUUGUUGUACUGUCAUGCACCUGCUCAUGUGAGGUUAUGGGGAGUAAGAGCUGUGAAAGAUGCGGAUUUCUUACUGGGAAUAGAUGCUUUUAGACUACAGAAGAAAUUAUGGCCCUAGUGUGAAACACCACUAUUAAUUCAUUUCUCCUGAUUCAUAAACUAAUUAGAAAAAUUGUGAAGGUUUCACAAGGCUGCCUGUGGGGGUGGAAAAAACACUGCAUUAAGUUUCAUGUCUGCAUUAAUAACAAAGCAUUAAUUUAGCUACAUCUGAAUUGUAUUUGAUAUCUGUAGUCUUUAUACUGUCUUUGUGAAAAGUUUUUCCCAAUAUUCAUCUGAGAAAGAUGAGUGGCAGCUGACAUACUAAAGAAUUAAGCUGUAUCUUAUUUAUGUACAAAAUAGUUCAAUUGUAGGCUGUGGAGUUGAGUGAAACAUGGUACUGAUGGCCCUACUUCAGCUUAUUUGGAAACAGGUGGGCUGAACACCUGAGUUCAGGUCAGCUGAGUGUCUUGGAAUGGAUGCAUCUAAAGCAUCAUUCGCUGUUGUUAUUCCUGGUAUGUGUGGUGCUAAACAAUACUGCAUUUGAAAGCUCUGAAUUCAGGGAAGUAAUGGGAAAGUCAAAUUAGUGUAGGCUGGUUGUCAUGUUUCUCAGUGUGCCUGGUGUGCUAGGCAGCACUCGAGUCUGCUCUUUCUUCUCCAAAGGAAAGACAGCACCUACCUCAUAGGAGUGACCAAGGGCUGUUUCAGGAGUGUUUUCAAGCUACUUGAGACCUGCACAACAUGUUUCCAUAAAGCUAGUAAGACAUAGCACUGAUGUAGUGUGAUGGCAACUAUACAGAUUCAUGUUCUAUCAGUUUCUUUCCCCCACUGGAAAGAGCUGAGCAGCCUCAGUAAGACUUCUCUUUAAAAUGCAGAGGAAUUGCAAUUAACUUACAGGGGAGAGUGAAACCAGAAUGAACGCGUGCUCGUCCAGUUUCUGCAGGAGCUGAAAGGUGGGCUUAAGUUCUCCUCUCACACUUUUCCAUGUAACUUUAAGUUUUCCCAGGGAUUUUUUUAAUCAAAGUGAUACAGAUGAUUGUUCUUGUACAUACAAUCAACAGUUAAGAGUUUAAGAAUGACUGAUUGUUUUGGGUGAUUAAGUUCAGAUGAUGUAUUGCAACUGAAUUGUUAAGUUAACCAGCAGGUGAUGUUUUCAUUUAUAAGUGAGAUCAGAUCUCUUAAAGUGGCUGCAGGUAUUUUGUAAACUUGAAGUUUUCAUAGCAUCUUGUAGCUGUGUUUUCUUUUUUUUUUUUAAAUAAAGCAUGAGUAUGGCACCAAAAAGCCUGAGUGGUA